AGCCAUUCAAUUGGAACAUUGCAGGAUUAUCUGUCCACCAUUGAGAAACACUGGCUUGUUCACACUGGGUCUGGCCAAGACGGCCAAAAACAAAGAAAUUCAACAGAGCCCACUGUUCUCCCUGCUAAUGAAUUCAAACAGAAGCCAAAUCUGGACUACAAAAUAAGACUCGAAGAGGGAGUAGCCCGUGUAUGGUUCCCACAAGGGCUUGUGGAUGUACAUUUAUUUUUGAUAGUGUCCUUCAAUCUGUUUUCAUGGGUGCGAAUAGGUGCAUGAGGAACCCAGCUCUGCUGCUGACACAUUUAGAGUUUAGCCUGCUUUGCCACAACCAGGAAAAUGUCGGGGUCCUACGAUGAAUCUGCUGCUGCUGCUGACGACGCUAUGGACAGCUUUUGGGAGGUGGGGAACUACAAGCGUGCCGUCAAGCGGAUUGACGACGGCCACCGGCUCUGCAAUGACCUCAUGGGCUGCCUUCAGGAACGUGCCAAGAUUGAGAAGGCCUAUGGUGACCAGCUGACCGCCUGGUCCAAGAGAUGGAGACAGCUGAUCGAGAAAGGACCACAGUAUGGCACCGUGGAGAGGGCGUGGCUGGGUGUGAUGACCGAGGCUGAGAAGGUGAGUGAGCUGCACCAGGAGGUGAAGAACGGCCUGCUCAACGAAGACCUGGAGAAGGUCAAGAACUGGCAGAAGGAGGCGUACCACAAGCAGAUGAUCGGAGGCUUCAAGGAGGCCAAAGAGGCCGACGAGGGCUUCAAGAAGGCCCAGAAACCAUGGGCCAAGAAGCUCAAAGAGAUGGAGACUGCUAAGAAAACAUACCACAUGGCAUGUAAGGAGGAGAAACUGGCCGCCACCCGCGAGGCAGAUGGGAAGACACAGGCCUCCGUCACAACUGACCAGCAGAAGAAACUCCACGAGAAAACAGACAAGUGCAAACAUGACGUUCAGAAGGCUAAGGAGAAGUAUGAGAAGUCUCUGUCAGAGCUGAGUGCUGUCACUCCCCCGUACCAGGAGAGCAUGGAGCAGGUGUUUGACCAGUGCCAGCAGCAUGAGGUCAAGAGACUCACCUUCCUCAAGGAGAUCCUGCUGGACAUCAAACGCCACCUCAAUCUCACUGAGAACCAAAGCUAUGGCACAGUUUACAGAGAACUGGAGCGCACCAUCCUGGGUGCCAACACACAGGAGGACCUGCAGUGGUUUAGCAACCACCAUGGCCCUGGCAUGCAUAUGAACUGGCCGAUGUUUGAGGAGUACAACCCAGAUGCUACUGCUGCUGUUGUUAAGAGGGAGAAGGUGCAGAAGCCGGCUGGGGCCCCACCGACCCCCAGCACUGACCAUGUGGCACCACCUGGAGACCGUGGCAGCAUCAGCGCUGAUCAUGUGGCACCACCUGGUGACCGUGGCAGUGUGAGCAGCUAUGAAAAGAACCAGGCCUAUUCCACUGAGUGGUCCGAUGACGAUGCACCUGCAGCCUACUCAGGCGGUGAGACCAACGGGGGUGGAAAUGGAAACUCCUUCGAGGAAGACUCUGGCAGUGCAGGGAAAGGGGGUGCAGGGACCGGGACCGCAUCCGGGGUCCGAGUGCGUGCUCUGUAUGAUUAUGACGGACAGGAACAAGACGAACUCACCUUCAAAGCUGGUGAUGAACUGACCAAGACUGAGGAUGAAGAUGACCAAGGCUGGUGUAGAGGUCGCCUGGAUACAGGCCGAGAGGGACUGUACCCGGCCAAUUACGUCGAGGAGAUCUAAUGACCCCAAAGGAGGAGGACAUGCCAUUGGAGGCAGCUCGGACUGUCUCAUCCAAUCGCACUGCACAUAGCCUGAGACUUAUGAGCAACACAUCCCUUGCCCAACAGAUGCGCAAAUCAGAGUCUUGCCUAAAUAAAAUCUUAGUAUAUUAGUAGUAUAUUAUAUUAUAUUUAUCCAGUAUUUGGAGUGAGGAGGACAUAAACACUAAAACAGGAGGAGCAGCAUUUAUUCCAGAGUACACACACUCAAACAUACUGUAACAUCAAGCCAAUGCAGGGACACAUUUGUGUAGCUGUGUUCAAUAUAAAGAUCAUGCGGAUGAUUCAACGUUUUUGCAGUAUAUCCUCCUAUAACAGUGUGACGAUAAUGUAACCAAUUAUAUUUACCUGCCGGUUUAACCAGAACAAGCUACUCGGCCUGCGUUGUGUAUAUAUGACACCGUUUUGUGUAGCAGUUUCGAUGCUGUGUGUUCAGUCCUCCUCCUUACAUUGGGAAUGCUGUGUAGUGUUAAAAGUACCACAAAAUGUAUCCUAGAUUUUAUUAUUUUCUCUUUUGUGAUUUGGUCUCAUCCCUUUUACCAGUUGUGCAGUGGUACAGUAUCUGUUGUCUCUGUUUCUCAAUUGGUUUGCAAUAGCAGCAUGUGCUAUGCAACAUGCAUUCCCUUAACCUCCAAGCCAUAUUACGGCUACAAGAUGCAACUAAUUCCCUGAUAUGACCAAUGCAGAGGACCAGAGUUCACCAUUAGACACAGACACAGCAUUGGAAUAACACCAUGAGCUUGUGUCUGCCUUCAUCUCCGGAAGUGGAGAGGCUGGAUAGCUGUUUUUCUCUCUCUUCCCCAUCACCACCAUUGAAUCAUAACCACCACCAUUGUCUCAUUUCCAUUUCAUUGCGAGGUAUUUGUAGAAUAUCUGUUCAUUUGGAUCUAUUGCUGAGUUCUAUCUAGAAUACCUGUGAGGGAACAUUUUAGGGUCAGUAGGCAAGGUAUUAUCACCAGCUUGCUUUGAUUUAAUCUGUCAUGCUGACAAGAACGUUUUGGACAAUUUGAUUGUUCAGGUGAAGUAUUCAGGCAUAUUUAAUGUGAAUUUAGUUGUUUUCCUGCUGUAGGGGGAAAACAGCAUUUGGAAAAAUGGCUUUGAACUAUGUUACUGUUCGAUGGUUGUCUCCUGGUAAAAUAGGAACAUCAAUCUUGACGGUACCAUGCUGCAGAUCCUUGUCUUAAAAUGGAAACGUGGACAUGAAUGUACUAUUGUAGGGGCAUGGAAGGAGACAUGCUGUAUUUAACUAGGCAUGUUUUGUUCCAUUGUCAUAGAGAACGCUACCAGAAAAAAAAGUGGUUUUGAGCCCCUUUACCUACUUAGGCCAAAGAAUGACCGAAAUCCGAAAAUGCAUAAAACUCUCUCUAUCCAUGCAAUAACUCACAUAACCCUGUCAAGGAUUUUCUUGUCAAGAUGCAACUCAUGCAACUAACUGCUUCCUGUCCUCUGAAUAUUUCUGUGUUCAUUCAAUAGGCGAUCCACAUGGGGAAGACAAGAGCAUUUUAUAUUUAUUUUUUAUUUCAUCUUUAUUUAACCAGGUAGGCCAGUUGCAUACAACAGUGACCACAGUAUAUCAGAACUAAUUUCUUUGUCUACAGUAAUUAACUCUACUUUAGAUUGCUCCCAGUAGUAUACUUCACAUUCUCACACCUAAUGCAGCCCCCGCUUUGAAUACACAUGUACUUUUACUGCUCUAAUUACAUUGGGAACCAGUUUAUAACAGCAAUAAGGCACCUCUGGGGUUUGUGGUAUAUGGCCAAUAUACCACGGCUAAGGUCUGUAUCCAGGCACUCCGAGUUGCCUCGUGCAUAAUAACAGCCCUUAGCCGUGGUAUAUUGGCCAUAUACCACACUUCCUCGUGCCUUAUUGCUUAAAUAUACAGAAAACACUACAGUACUUGUUGAGAAAUCAAACUUAUCAGAUGUUGUCCGAUGCAAAUAUGGUUGCCAAUGGUAAGCUGUUUAAAUCAGACAUGCAAUGAUGUUGUGAGAGCAGAAUGCUCAUGAACAUGAGGUUAUGCAGUAGGUCUCUCUUCAAGUUUGAUGUCGUAGAACAUUCUCUAACGACAGGAUGUGUUUAGGUUGAGGCUUAAGAGGAGACUUCACCAGGUCUUGGUAUCACUGUUGAGAGAUCACAUCACCAGCUCACAAGUAAUGUGUAUUAGUGUAAGCUGUACAGCCUAGCAAAAAUAACUCAUAUCAUUGAGAUAUCCUAUGUCCUUUACACACGCACACACACACACACACACACAGGAACACACACAUCUCGGGUAGAUAUUUUGGGGUCAAACAUCCUUAUCAUCAUGAGUUGUGUAAUUGUAAAGAAAAAAAAGAAAAAAAUGCAAGUGUCAUACAUGUAAAUGUGUUAACAGCAAUGGAAAAGCAUAUUAAGUAAUAGGUACCAUAUCGUAUGAAUUUCAUUGCAAUGGAAUUGUCAAUGUACCAGAGCGUGACGUUACCCCACGCUGUCAAAUUUGUAUAUGAUGAUGUAAUUUAAAGAUUAUAUUCUAUUGUAACUGUACAACUGUGUUGAGUUGGAAAGGAAACCUAACUACAUUGAGGCAGUAAAAACAGUGUAUAUGUAAAUGCUUUUUUAUGUUGAUUUCUCUCUUCCUUAUGCACACAAGGGGGACACGGCUCAUGUCGUGAAACCCCUGUAUUAGCAGUGUAUGUAUGUUUCUAGUUAGUGAUGUAAUUGGAUCUCCUAACUGGUGUAGUGCCUGUUCAUCUUAAUGUAACAAAAGGUUCAUUUAAAUAUGCAUAAAGAUGAUUAUGAUUAUGAUAAUAAUUAUGAUAGUAAUGCAAAUCCUAAAUCAAAGUUGUUGUGAUGGUGUCAAUAUUGCGAUAUUGGUUUGAAAGGGGAAAACAAGUUUGUUGAGAAUACAAACAAAACGUUUUGUGUCAUUUGUGUGUUUCUUGAAUGGAUUUUGACUGUACAUUGGGAUAUGCUAUGAUUGUAGUCUCAGGGUGCUUGAUGAGAAAGCAGAAAAAAUACACAUUAUUGUGUCAUUUUAU